UGGUACAGUCCAAGGGCGCGCGACUAUAAUAUUCUUAAUGGUUUAGUGACAGGUGUAGCUUAGAAGAGGAGCAACUGAAAACGGUGAUUGAAAAGUUUCGAAAUUCUAAGCGUUUUGUGAGAAAUAGCUAGGAGAACUUGCAGCAAAGCAGAGCCCAGCAGGACUCGGGCAUCAUGGAGAGUCCCAAGCCUUCUGGUGCCUUUGGGAGCGGAGAACGUCGCCGGAGAAGUGCCUGGCGUCACCUGCUGCUGCUUCUGUGGAAGAGCUUGUUGCUGAGGCGGAGGCACUGGCUCCUCACGCUCUUCGAGGUCAUCCUGCCCGUCGGCCUCUUCUCGGUCAUGCUCUUCAUCAGGCUCAUUCCGGGAUCCAACUUCUCCACGUACCAUUUUAACCAGACCAUCAAAAUCCCAGACGAUGAGCUCAGUCUGCGGCGAAGAGUGUGCUGGAACUACGGGAUAUGGUAUGGGUCCCAGUGCCAUCCCGAUCCCACCAGUGCAGCCACAUUAUUACUAAUAUUUAAUCACCCUCCUGACUUUCAGACCAUCAAAAUCCCAGACGAUGAGCUCAGUCUGCGGCGAAGAGUGUGCUGGAACUACGGGAUAUGGUAUGGGUCCCAGUGCCAUCCCGAUCCCACCAGUGCCGCCACAAUAUACUACGGUCCUGAUACCCCUUUUACACAGAAUAUGGCUAAAUUCAUCGCUCAGGAGAUUGGCAUCCUUGAACAAAACAUACGAGCAACCGGCUCCAACGACGAGAUAGACAAGCUGGUGGAGAUGUCCUACUAUGCGAAAAACUCCUCUCACUCCCCCAACAGCUACAAUGUGGGACUCUUCUUCCAUCUGGAUGAUCGGGAGAGUUCCGACCCUCCUAAGAAGUUGGACUAUGACCUCCGCCUUCCCGGCUGGUGGAGCACAAUGUGGAUAUACGACUUCUUACAACUGCCCGGACCUGGCUUAUCCAACGAAGUUUACUUAAGCGAAGGAUUCACGUUGAUACAGUCCCUGGUGGACCGAAGAUACAUAUCCUUGAUCAGCAAUGACAGCUCGUAUAUUGAUAAAUACAAGAUCGAAACCCAGGAGUAUCCGUAUCCGGCCUACGACUCUGACUUAGGCAUCAGUUUCAUCUACUCGACCGUUCUCCCGUCCUUUUUGGUCAUGGCGUUAGUCCUGCUCUCUCCCUCGCUCAUCAAAAGCGUCGUGCAUGAAAAGGAGACAGGUGUCAGGGAGCUGGUCUGCCUCAUGGGAAUUAACCGCUGGCUAGUGUGGCUGGGAUGGUUCCUCCACUCCGCACUUUUAAACGUGGUGGUAAUAAGCGCACUGACCGUAAUGCUGUCGGUAAGCAUGUACAACGGCGACCUCUACGUACCCCCGAUUCUCGCCCAUACCGACGCUGGUUAUGUGUGGCUACUGCUCUUCCUCUACAGCCUCUCCUCCAUUGCCUUCUGUCUGGCGAUCUCGACUUUCUUCAACAGACCCACACUUGCUAUGACCGUGGGGAUCUUGGUAUGGCUGCUCUCCUACAGUAUCCCCAAUAACCUUAUGUAUUACAAGUAUGACACUCUCGGCCAGGCUCCGAAGGUACUGUCAUGCCUCUUGCCCAACAUGGCUAUCACAUGGGCCUUCAAGGUCAUCCAAAUGUUCGAAGGAAGAGGCAAAGGUGUUGUUUGGAGCUCUAUAUGGGAACCUGGUAAUCCUCGCGACCAGCUGAAUCCUGCCAUCAUACUGAUCAUGUUGGCCUUCGACACCUUCCUCUAUCUUUUAAUCACCUGGUAUAUCGAUCAGGUCAAUCCAGGAACUUAUGGCGUCCCCCAACCUUGGUAUUUCCCAUUUCAGAAGACCUACUGGUGUGGAUCAAGGCUAACAAAUCACAGUGGAUCCUCUGAAGGGCCAGUGUUAGGCGAGAACCAGCAAUACUUCGAGAAGGAACCUGCUGGCCUCAAACCCGGGAUUAUCAUUAGGAACCUGAGGAAAGAAUUCAAAGAGCUUGGAAGGAAGACAAAGGUGGCUGUUGAAAAUGUGUCUCUAACAUGCUUUGAAGGUCAGUGCACGGUGCUGCUUGGUCACAACGGUGCUGGGAAGACGACUACUAUGUCAGUGCUCACAGGUGUAUAUGCUGCUACCAGUGGCUACGCCGAGGUCAAUGGCUGGAAUAUUGCUACUAACCUGAGUGAAGCUCGAGAGGAGCUAGGUCUUUGUCCUCAACACAACAUGCUCUUUGUCGACCUGACUGUCUUACAGCACCUUCUCUUCUUUGGACGGCUUAAAGGCCUGACCAGCAAAGCAGCUAAAGCGGAAGCACUCGAAAUCCUGACGCGGCUGGAACUACUGGACAAGCAGCAUAUGUUCGGCAGUCAGCUCUCUGGGGGUAUGAAGAGGAAGCUCAGUCUAGCCAUAUCCCUCAUGGGUAGUACGAAGGUGGUGAUCCUGGACGAGCCGAGCAGUGGGCUGGAUCCAGAGUCUCGCCGUUGGGUCUGGGACGUGGUUCAGGGUGAGCGCGGACGUCGGACUUUCCUCAUCACGACGCACCACAUGGAGGAGGCGGACGUGCUCGGGGACCGUGUGGCGAUUAUGGCUUCGGGGCGGGUCGUGUGCGCAGGCUCUACACUCUUCCUCAAAAAGAAAUUUGGUGAUGGCUAUACCCUGACUAUAAUGGUAAAUAAUGAAACUGUGGUAGAAGCUGUCAAGAGAAAAGUGGAGGAACACUUGCCUUCCGCCACCCUGGCAAACGUCCACAGUGGAGAACUGACCUUUAAACUCCCGCCGGACACCGAGAAGUUUGCUGCCAUGCUGGACGCCCUCUCGGCCCAAAAGGAAACGCUGGGCCUCAGACACAUUAGCCUCUCCCUCACCAACAUGGAGAGGGUUUUCCUCAGAGUUGGUGAAAUGUUGGACAAUGGCAGUGGCACUACUGGAAGUUCCGUGGAUGGUGGCACUAACGGCUUAACCAUGGCAGAAGUGAGUGAGCACACGAAUGAAAGAGACCGCAGUCCCAUGGAAUCUGCCACUGAUCUUGAGUCUGCCUACGCUAGUAGCACUCACCAGCUUUACCGGGCCGAUGAAAAUAAUAGGCGUGUCAAAGGAAAAAUGUUGGCAUUUCAUAGGCUUAAAGCUUUCCUAAUCAAACGGCUCAUCUACUCUAAGAGGAAGUGGGUUCUUCUGAUUACACAGAGUCUGAUUCCUGUGCUGGUGAGCAUCAUUUGCCUCGUUGUGGACAAGAACAUUCAAACCCUGUCGAGCAGUGAGCCCCCACUCCAGCUGGACCUUGACCUCAUCUCCCCGUCGACCUCCUUCGUCCACGCUGGCGAGAAUCAGCAGCCUUUAAUGGACCAUUAUGUGUCACUAUUUUCUUCUCCACAUAAGGUGUUCAACACUACCAACAUGACAACAAGCCUUCUUGAAGCUGCCAACGAGAAUAUUCUUUACUACCGGGAAAACAACAUAUGCUCUGCCGAAUUCCUGGACCUCCCUUACCACCCCAAAGACUACACUCUGCUGAAUAUGCUCUACCAGUCAGUCCCGCACCAUGUUCUGGGGAUAAGUACCUUACUGGUGGACAACGCCCUGUUACGUCUGGCGACCAACUCAACAGAUCACGACAUCACCACGACAAAUCGCCCGCUGCCGAAAGACACAACUUGGCAGUUCCGGACAGAUUAUUCCACGAGCGCCCUGGUAUACUCCAGCGUGAUGCCUCUUGCUCUCUGUUUCCUCUCUGCCUCAUUCCUAGUCUUCCCCUUGCAGGAAAGGGAGACCAAGGCCAAGCAGGUCCAGAUCAUGACUGGCGCCCCUGUGUGGGCUCUCUGGGCCUCGUCCUUUGUGUGGGACUUCUUGGCGUACAUGGUAACAGCACUCCUGAUCUUCAUAUUCUUUGUGGCCAUCAAUCCGAGCAACUUCUUCCUGGCUCCCCAGGCCGCUGGAGUACUCUUCUUUUUGCUGAUGAUGUACGGGUGGGGCAGCAUCCCUCUCUCCUACGUCUUUAGCUUCCUCUUCAAGACAGCAGCUUCAGGUUUUGCUAUUCUCACCCUAAUCAACAUUGUGGCAGGUCAGAUGUUGAGCCUGGUGGUCUACGUCCUGAGCAUGACAGGAGUGUCUGGAGCUGAAACCGCGGGGGAUGUUCUUCACUGGAUUAGCUCCAUCAUCCCAACCUAUCCCGUAUCUGUAGCUUUUCGACACUUGGUGCAAACAAGCGUGAAGAACUCCUUCUGUGACACAUUUGACGCGAACAUAACAGCUCAGCUGUGUACAAUCCUCGCCAUUACUGAUAGUAAAAACGAUUUUGUCCAAUGCUGUCCGGGCGUGUGCGGCAGGAACAACACCACCCCUUGCUUCGAGUGGCAGUCCUAUUUCCGCUUCACAGAGAAUGGCAUGGGGCCUGAUCUCCUCACCCUCUUCGUCGACGGCCUCAUCUUCUUCUGCGUCAUCGCUCUCAUCGAGGCUGGCAUUGGACGUGUCUUGCUGCGCUGUUGGCGCGAGUGUUCGGGGAAGGCUGGGAUAUUCCGGCGUGCCAGGAUACACCAGCAAGAGAGGCAUCAGGAUGAGGAUGUGUUGGCGGAGGAAGAGCUGGUAAAAAGGAUGGUGGCUCGCGCACCGGGGGAUGCAGUCUCGGUGGAUGCAGCGAUGCUGGUUUCUGAUCUAUCAAAACACUUCUUCGGCUCGCUGAUUCCCGCCGUCAACAAGGUGAGCUUUACCCUUGGGCGUGGAGAGUGCCUGGGUCUGCUUGGCGUCAAUGGGGCCGGCAAGACCACCACCUUCAGGAUGCUGACGGGCGAUGAAGAACCCUCAGGUGGGAAUGCCUUCAUAGACCGCAUCUCACUGAUGCACCAGAGGAACAAGUUUGUGCAGAAUGUUGGCUAUUGUCCUCAGUUCGAUGCUAUUAUGGGUGAACUAACAGGCAAAGAGAUGCUAUGGUUAAUGGGAAGACUCCGUGGUGUAAAAGACAUUACUCUACGGAGAGAAGUGGAAGAGCUGGUAGCACUGGUGGAUCUGACGGAGUGUGCAUCCCGGCCGUCCUCGACGUACUCAGGCGGAAAUCGGAGGAAGUUGUCUACUGCCAUGGCGUUGGUUGGGGCGCCAUCCCUGAUUUUCCUUGACGAACCCACAACUGGUGUGGACCCAGCGUCUCGCCGUCGGGUGUGGACGGCCGUGAGUCGCGCAGUUAACAACGGACAGAGCGUGGUCCUCACUAGCCACUCGAUGGAGGAAUGUGAAGCUCUGUGCUCCCGCAUAAUCAUGAUGUCCAAAGGAGCUGUGCGCUGCGUGGGCACCACAGGGCAUCUGAAAGCGAAGUUUGGCCAGGGUUAUAGCCUCCAGAUCAAACUAAAGACCCAUGAUCUUAGUCAGGCAGGUGACGAUGAGAAUGAGCGGAUUUAUCAGUCCAAAUUAUCGGAACUAAAAUAUAUUGUAAGUUCCUACUUCCCAGGUGCAACGGUGUCAGACGAACACAAGGGAAUGAUUGCUUACUUAAUUCCGAAGAAUAUAUCGUGGGCGUUGUUAUUCUCGGUCAUGGAAGACCUGAAGGCAGGACGAACGCCCGGGUCCGAACAUCAAAGUCAACCACAGUCGACAGAUAUUGAGAGUAUGCCACCGUUCGUCGAAGACUAUGCUGCCUCAGACACCUCUUUGGAACAGGUGUUCCUCUCCUUUGCCAGAGAAGCUAAUCCUGGUGAGGCAGGAGCUGUGGUAAAUCUCCAAACCCACACAGGGAACCUCUCUGAACAAUCGAGCAAUAAUCUAAGUCAAGGUGUGGCAGGAGGGAGUGACCUACUGCCGACGCCAGGUAAUGUCAGCAGCCCAUCUCAGACUUUUCAAGAAUUUUCCUCUUCCAGUAUCACAAACGAACAGCAGGUUCCAAUGGCUACAGUUAAUAAUUCCGAGGAUUUAAUGACAGAACUCUAGUCAAUGUAAGGUAGACUGUAUACCGUAUGAAUAUUAAAUGUCUGACUUCAGGAUUGCAUAUAAGGGUAAAAUAAAAAAGGAGGCCACAAUCCCACUCAGCAGCGCCAUAAACAAAUAUGUUAUCGUACUGCAUGUCAUUAAUUGAAUUCUAAAAAUGCGAAUACAAACAUAUUUUAAAUGUCUGGCUUCAGGAUAUUAAAAUAAAAAAGGAGGCCACUUCCCCUUUCAUCAGAGCCAUAGACAAACAUCUUAUCGUACCACAUGUCAUCACUUAGAUUUAAAAAAAUGCGAAUACAACUAUUUUAAAUGUCAAAUCGGAAAUCACAUUCCCUUUCAUCAGCGCCAUAGACAAACAUGUUGUUGUACCGCAUGUCAUCACUUGAAUGCGAAUACACUUCCCAGAGAUUUGUUGAAUCUCUUUGUUUUCGCCGUUUUUUGUACAUCCCUAAUUCGACCACUGGACCAAAUUGAUUGGCACCUUCCUUCCAUAGAUCAUGUCAUCAAGUACCCAUUCUAUGUUGGUUUUAAUUAAAAGUAUUAAAACAGUGCUUGAAUUAAAGAUUGCAUGUCACUUACAUCUGUUGGCAUUUAUAUGAAUAUUUCGAGUCUAGCAUGGAGAAAAAUAGUUUGAAAUGAACCGAAGCAUAGAUCCUCAUUGAACAUAAAAAUUGGAAGAUGUCCGCGCAAAAAAGUGGAAAUGUAAAGCUUUUCGCUCUCUUCUUAACAGAGUUUGACAACAAGAGUCAAGUUUUAUGUAGCAAUUGUCAAGAGAAGCCCCAAUUACUGUAUCAUUAUCAAUUAUUGAUUACGCUCCAGGCCUACCUGCCAUAAAAUAAAAUCACAGGAGGGUCGUGACUUCUAUUGUGUAUUGCUGAUCCUCUUAAUUGCCAAAUAAAUUUUCUUCAUUUACAUUUUAUCAGCUACAAAUUAACAUACUCUAGUUGUCAAUUUCUUGGAUUAUGAAUCCAGUAGAUUUUCUGGUGUGUCAUAAUUCAAAAUUUUUCUUCACAAUUUAUUUGUCUUUUACUUUUUAUUGACAAGUUUUUCUAUCUUUAUUAAAUAUGAAAUUAUAUAUUAAUGACUCAAGUAUUGUGUGAAUAACUAUAUGUAAAUUUAGUUAAUAUAAUUUUAAAUAAAGUAUAAUCAUUUUU